AUUUGUUAAUAUCAAUUGUCAAUUUUAAUAUGUUUAUUAUCGCGGUUUAUCUUCCUAUUCGACUUUAGUUUAGUAUGUCGUUAACUAUUUAUUAACUUACACACUUGAUAACUAAUUUUGAAAUAUUUUAUAAUAUCGGGCUAGAAACUAGUUUACUUGUGUAACACGGGGGAUAGUUGUCGGCGUAUGAAUUUCAGUGAUGGAACUAGUAUCGAUCGUCAAGGAAGUCUUACAGAAUGCGGCGGAAAGUGCAUCGAGCUAUCGGCUCGGGCAGACCGCGCUCCGUUACAUGGACCGAGCGCUCUGGAUCGUUGAGAAAAGCGCGAGAUGGGCUGUACCACUGCCGUUGGAUCAAGAGGAGAGGCCACAGCCAGAACUGAUCCGCCCUCUUCCCUGGGUAUUUUUCCUCGCCCUCCUCCUUCUUCUGCGUGUCACGAGAGAGUCCAUAUCGCUCAUCAAUUUAGCACUUGGGAAACCACCGCUCAGAUCAGCUGAUGUCGUAACAUAUAUUCAAAGCAAGCGUCGCUACCUCCGAACUCUCAAGUACCAAGGCAACCGCAUCAUGCGCGCACGCACGGAGCCCACGACGCGGGAGACUUGGUACAGCAGCUUACAGUCGCUGUUCGAGUUCACGAUGUGCUUCCGGAGGCAGCACUACGGGAACAACAACACGCAGCUCAGCAAUGGAGACGAGAUUCUGGUGGUGAAGAGAAACAAGCGAGGACAGCAAAACGACGCCGGCAGCAGCAUGGAGCGACUCAUAGAGAAGAUGAUGGUGGACAUCGACGCGGACUCCGACGACUCCUCGGGUUACACGUUAACAAAUAUCACAAAUCCAAGAAGCGAAAAGUCUGAUUAUAACACAGAGUCGGACCAAGAUACGUUUCAAACGAACAAGUAUCCCGAAGAAAUCGGUAACCGGAGUAACUCCUCAGCGGAGGGCAAUAUUUGUCACGAGAAUUCGGUCGUGUCAGAAAAUACAGACGACGUUGAGCUCCCAAACUGUGAUGAUAUUUACAAAUUAGGAAAAAAGGAACAAGAAAUAAAUGAUUCGAAGGAAUAUUCCAUAGACUUUAUAAAAACCGAAAUCACUAACCAGGUGGAACAGAUUAUAAAAAGUCAACAUAAAAUUGCAAAUGGAAGAGCAGCUAACGAUUCUUCGAUCAAAGAAAGUUCCACAGAAGCUGAAGCUGGAUAUUGAAUAGAAUCAUUCCGACACUAACUGUAAAAAAUGAUACAACAGUGAAGUCCAAAAGUAAGAACAAUUCGGGUACUCGUCCAUUUUUUUUUAUCUA